GCGGCCACCGCAUCGGUCAUCCUUUCAGGAGGCUCGGACCAGAGGCGGAAUACACAUCAUUUCAGCGACUGGAGACCGAAUUAAACUACAUUUCUGCGCUCUGAGUUCAAAAUAAACAUAUUUAGCUCCUCCACAUCGUGAAUGGACCAUGGAGUGUGUUCCUGCUGUUCUAGAUGAGUUGGAGGCGCACAUAGACGAUCCUGAGUAUAAUGUCUACACCCGCUUUAUGAAAUCCCACCGCUGCUAUGACCUGGUGCCCACCAGCUCCAAGUUGGUGGUGUUUGACACUUCUUUACAGGUGAAGAAGGCCUUCUUCGCUCUAGUGUCUAAUGGGGUGAGAGCAGCACCUCUCUGGGACAGCAAGAAACAAUGCUUUGUUGGUAUGCUGACCAUCACAGAUUUCAUCAACAUACUUCAUCGCUAUUACAAGUCUCCUCUGGUCCAGAUAUAUGAAUUAGAAGAGCACAAAAUAGAAACAUGGCGAGAGGUCUACUUGCAAGACUCCUUCAAACCUCUCGUCAGCAUUUCGCCCAAUGCCAGCUUAUAUGAUGCUGUCUCAUCUCUAGUGAAGCAUAAGAUCCACAGAUUACCCGUCAUUGAUCCUCUAACAGGAAACACACUCUACAUCCUGACACAUAAGAGGAUCCUCAAAUUCCUGAAGCUCUUUAUAUCUGAGAUGCCCAGGCCGGGCUUUCUGUCUCGAACGCUGGAGGAGUUGAACAUCGGAACGUUUCACAACAUCGCGGUGGUUCACUCGGAUACGCCGCUCUACGCCGCACUCGGCAUCUUCGUGGAUCAGAGAGUGUCUGCUCUUCCUGUGAUGGAUGAAAAUGGACGUGUGGUGGACAUCUACUCCAAGUUUGAUGUUAUUAAUCUGGCCGCUGAGAAGACGUACAAUAACCUGGACAUCACUGUGACUAAAGCCCUCCAGCAUCGCUCGCAGUACUUUGAGGGUGUGCUCACCUGCCGAGCCAAUGAGACGCUAGAAGCCAUUGUCAACCGACUGGUGGAGGCCGAGGUUCACAGGUUAGUGAUCGUGGAUGAGCAGGAGGUUGUGAAAGGCAUCGUGUCUCUGUCUGAUAUCUUACAGGCGCUGGUGCUCUCUAAUGGAGACGAUGGAAGUUUUUGAUGGAAGGAGAGACGGUGAAGCAGAACUUCUCUGUAUUUCUUUUUCUCUCAGUAAGCCACAAGGUGUUCCAGAGAAAGGAUUGAUAGAGAUGUCUCAGACACAGGAGAUAAUAAAGCACAGCCAGUUACAGAGUGAAGAAAGACCUGCUGAGGAAAGACAGUGCUCUUCUAAG